GUUAACACGGCUGAGCUCUCGGAGCAAGUGGAGUCCAAGACCAAGGCAGUCAGUUGGCCAAGAUCUCGCGCCUCGCUUGGACACGAAUCAGUUCCAGUUAGUAUCUUAUAGGCCUACCAACUGGUACAUCCCACUAACUGGUCGAGCAAACUACUAGCCACUGUCCCUGGAAAUGUGCGAAAUCGGCACCUGACUCAGGAACUAUCUAUCUAGUAUCUAUCAGAUAUCAGAUACAAGAAGGGAAUACCUUUGAGAUCCGAAUUUUCAACCAGAUCUUUGAGAAGAAACACGAAGAAUUCCUCCACAUAGUGCUCAUCUCUAGCUAUGUCCUCUGAACCUUCAUCCGGAUCAGGCACACCCUUUCCUCCUGGUUUCGAUCCUGCGGCCGAGUCAGCUGAGAAGACUCUCUGCUUCCGGGGAUUCUGGGCCUGGUUUGUUCUCAUCCUCCUGAUAGUCAUCUUCGUUGCGGCCAUCAUGUGGUUGCUGAGGAAGUGCAUCCAAGGACCCAUCUACCGCAAGGCCAACAGGAUAGAUGGGAAGGUCGUCAUCGUCACGGGCUGCAAUACGGGAAUUGGCAAAGAAACCGCUCUGGAGCUGGCCAAGCGAGGAGCUAGGGUCUACAUGGCCUGUCGGGAUCCGGGUAGGUGCGAGGCCACCCGCCUGGAGAUCAUGAAGAGCAGCCAGAACCAGCAGCUCUUCAAUCGCACCCUGGACCUGGGCUCCCUGCAGUCCGUCCGGAACUUCGUGGAGCGCUUCAAGGCCGAGGAGACCCGGUUGGAUCUCCUGAUCAACAAUGCCGGGGUGAUGGCCUGUCCCCGAUCCCUCACCGCCGACGGAUUCGAGCAGCAAAUUGGCGUCAAUCACCUGGGCCACUUCCUGCUGACCAACCUACUGCUGGACCGGCUCAAGCAGAGUGCUCCCAGCCGGAUUGUGGUGGUCAGUUCGGCGGCCCACCUGUUCGGGCGGAUCAACCGCGACGAUCUGAUGAGCGAGAAGAAGUACGGCAAGUUCUUCGGUGCCUACAGCCAGUCCAAGUUGGCCAACAUCCUGUUCACCCGGAAGCUAUCCGCCAUGCUCAAGGAUACGGGUGUGACGGUCAACUGCUGUCAUCCGGGUGUGGUGCGCACGGAGCUGAACCGCCACUUUGCCGGUCCCAAUUGGAUGAAAAGUGCCCUCCAGGUGGUGUCCCUCUAUCUCUUCAAGACGCCCAAGGCCGGGGCCCAGACCACACUGAAGCUGGCCCUCGAUCCGCAGCUGGAGGGCUCCACGGGCGGCUACUACUCGGACUGCAUUCGCUGGCCAUUGGUGCCGUGGGCGAGGAGCACCGAUACCGCCGACUGGUUGUGGCGGGAAAGUGAGAAGCUGGUGGGUCUGCCGCCCUCCUCCUCCUCCUCCCCCCCAACCGAAUCACCUGGCCGCAAUGGGACAAGUAACGGGAACGGAAGCUCCGGACCGGGAGCCAUGCAAUCGGUGGACACUGUGGUGGUGAAUCGAUCGUAGUUUCUUCCAGUGUAUUUGCAAAAGUGACUUUCCCCUAUUUUUCCCCCACUUUUGUGUUUUUUUUUGUGUAAUACCAUAUAUCCUGUGCUUAAUUUUAAGAAAGAAAACCCAUUAAAAGAAAAAAGUUAUGCUCUGUCAUGGAA